GGAGCAGCAGGAAGGCGGAGCUCUUCGUCUUUCAGGUCUGCCGCUCCGUGGAGGCGACGUGGGGCUGAACUUCUCUGACGGCGGCCGAACCCGGUACUGUGUCUCGGCUGCAGCGUAGCGGACUCCCCGGGAAGCUUCUCGCUGUCUUGGUGCUCGGUCGGGGGAGGUAAAAAUGUCCACCGUGAACUGGAAGCCUUUCGUUUUCGGCGGGCUUGCCUCUGUGACGGCGGAAUGCGGCACUUUCCCCAUCGACCUGGCCAAGACGCGCCUGCAGGUCCAGGGCCAAGUGGGGGACAUCAAGUACCGUGAGAUCCGCUACAGGGGCAUGCUCCAUGCCAUCAUGAGGAUCGGGAGAGAGGAGGGGCUCCGGGCGCUCUACUCGGGCAUUGCCCCCGCCAUGCUGCGCCAGGCCUCCUAUGGGACCAUCAAAAUUGGCACGUACCAGAGCUUCAAGCGACUGCUGGUUGACAGGCCCGAAGAUGAGACCUUGUUGACUAACGCGCUGUGCGGCAUUCUGUCGGGAGUCAUCUCUUCCUCCAUUGCCAACCCCACGGAUGUGCUGAAGAUCAGGAUGCAGGCUCAGGGAAACGUGAUCCAGGGCAGCAUGAUGGGCAACUUCAUCAACAUCUACCAGCAGGAGGGGACAAGAGGAUUGUGGAAGGGCGUUUCUCUAACGGCUCAGAGAGCGGCCAUCGUGGUCGGCGUCGAGCUCCCGGUCUACGACAUCACCAAGAAGCACCUGAUCCUGUCGGGUUACAUGGGCGACACCGUGUACACGCACUUCCUGUCUAGUUUUGUGUGCGGCCUCGCUGGGGCUUUGGCUUCCAAUCCGGUGGACGUGGUCAGGACACGCAUGAUGAACCAGAGAGGAGUGGCUCUGUACCAGGGGACACUGGACUGUCUACUGCAGACGUGGCGCUCAGAGGGCUUUAUGGCACUCUAUAAAGGGUUCUUCCCAAACUGGCUCCGCCUGGGACCAUGGAACAUCAUUUUCUUCCUCACCUACGAGCAGCUGAAGAACCUCAACGUGUGACUGAAAGAACGUCAGUGAGAAGAAGAAAGGAGCUUCCGCCCAGAGACGAACGGAGGAGAACGUGUGGAAUGAUGGUGGAUCCUUAGGGGAACCAGCAGGGAGAACGAAAUCCAGUUCCAGUAUUACUCCUGGCUCUACGUCUGUUUAAAAGCCUGCGGUAAAUGUGAAAAGGACUGUGAUACGAAUGCUGACACGGCUUCUUGUACUCCAUGCAAAUGCCACUUUAAGGCGUUACACCAUGUUUGUGCUCAGACUCAAGCCAACUGCUUUGUAAACUGUGAAAUUUUCCAAUUGGAGAAAGAAACGACAACACUUUACAUUUCAUUCGGAGGCUGCUGCUUCAGAAUUGCCUCUGUUAUGGUGAUCAGAAUGCAUGCAGGCUUUUUUUUUUUUUUUUUUGAGCCUAUUCACAUAAAGUGCUUUGUAAGCUGUGUGCCUUAGCCUAAUUAGUGGUUCAGGCUGGUAAUGCUUGAGCUGCACGUGGACUCAGACUGUUGGACAGCCGCUGUGACAAUCGGCGUGAUCAUUCCCUUUUGAAAAAAAAAAAAUACAAACAAUCUAAGGUAUUGUGGAUUUUAUAUCUAUAUUUGAAAAUGGGGAGCUCUGUGUAUGGAAAGUUGGACGUUAUUUCCAUUGGUCUCCCUUGUGUAUUUACAGAGUAAAGGGCCAAGAACAGAAUCUGGUGUACUGUAACUUUUAUACAUGUAUAUGACUCAAAUACCAGAGAGGUUACAUAGAUGAGACAUUCAUCACAUGUGCAGGAGAGGUAAUUAAUUGUCUUGCAGCUUGAUAAUGCCGAAGUUUGUGUUUCAGCUGUCACUUAAAAAAAUCAUCACAUAUGCAAACUUGCAUAUUAAAAACUUCAUGGUUUAGCAUGACUGGGUCAGAUCAGGCAAUUCCUACAGCUGCGUCAUUAUAGCAACCUUUCAAAUUUGCUUCACUCCAUGUUGUUCCGUUGUGCUGUAUUUGCACGCUUUAAGCUUCCAUUGGGAAAGAAAUGAGUAUGUUUGAGUUGCUGCCGCUUCUGCCAAAGUGUAAGCCAGUGUCAUUUUGUAAUACUAAGUUUAUUUAAAUAAAGCUGUGGACUUGUAUAUUCAAAAUAAAAAGCAUCAAAACUC